AUGCAGAAUUGUGAUCUCAAUUCCUAUUAGAUUGGCCUUUCAAGAAAAUAAUAAUUAGGACCUUAUAGCGAUAUUGAAUACUCAUCUUCAAGAUAUUAAUUGUCAACAAAUAAUUUGAACCAUAAAAAUAUACAAAACCUGAAAAAUCGUAUUUCCUAAUUGCAAUCAGUUCUCUCUUGUAAAUAUAGAAAAGGGAGUCUUACAAGAUCUAAGCUGGAUGAUUCAACUAAUCUUACAAUUGAUAAGUCCACCUAUUCUUUAAAAGAACAUAAAUAGGACUUUACCAAUUUCCCGCAAUAAAGUAUGAAGAGCUCUGAUUAUUUUAUUAUGAAUGAUAUGCCUAGUAAGAAAACAUAAAAGGAGAAUCAAUCAUAGAGUGAAAGGAUAAAUAAGAGUAUUCUCAAAAAUAAAACAAAUAACAGACUUUCGACCUAGAAAUUAUAAUAAAAAGAAUUAUUAGAUCAUAAUAUGAAGAAUAUAAAGAUUUAAAAAUAAUCUUAGACAGAUAUUUUGUAAGAAUGUUUAAGGUAGAGUCUCCAUGAUAAGAUACUAUUUUUAGAAGAAUUAAAAAUGUAAAAGCAAUAAAAAAUAAGAUAAGGUAUAUAAAUUUUACUAUUUAGACUAUAAAUAUCAAAAAAAACAAAUUGAGCUUGAUUGUCAAAAUUAAAUCUAAAAGUAAAUCCAAAAUUAUGAGAAGUAAAUAAAAAAUCUUGUUGAAUCAAAAUAUAAUAAAAAUUCUUUUUGUAAUGUAUUCUUUUAAAAAUAUGAAUAGUUCAAAGUCCAUUGAAAUCAUAAAACUCUUCAUAUUUAACAUUAGGUACUGUAGAAUCUGUGAAAAACUUCAAAAAGGAAUGUAAAUAUUGAUAUAAAUACACCUAGACAAUGAGAAAACACAUAAAGUUAUAAAGGUAAGAUUUCAAAAUGCAGAUAUAGCAAAAUUCAAAACAGAAUAUGAUUGA